CUGUCAGUAUUCCAUUUUUAUCAUUUUUGUUAAUUGUAAUCACUGCAAUUCCUGCCGCUGUAUUUAUCUUGAAAAGCAUGAUUAAAAAAUUAUUACGAAUUCUUGCUAAUGCGGGAUUAUUAAAUCUUCGGCUGAAAUGAUAUAGAUUCAGUGGUGACUGUGCUGACGCUCUCAUGAUACAUUUGGAGCAACUUUAUUUGAGUUUCUGACUUUACCGUUUAGUGAGGCGUGAACAACGGGCAAGCACCUUGAAAGAAUUAAAACUGAAAGCACCUGUGCAGCCGGCUAAAUACCAUGAUAGAUUGUAUUUAGCAAAACUUAGUAAUUUCUCGUCAUGUUUAUAAAGUAAAGCCGAGAUUGUGACACCGUGAUAUCAUAGAGUAAAAAGGAAAUUUUAAGUAAAAAUUCGCCAUGUCUGGGAACACAAAAAGUCACGUAUUUGAAGAAAAUGCUCAGUGGAUGGAUGACUUGCCCCCUGGAGGAGAUCUUGAUAAAUAUCGUAAAUCGGCCACCUUCUGCUGGAAACAUCUUCGCAUGGUUUUGGAAGAUCCUGAGUGUAUUCGACUGAAGAUAAAGUUAUGGAAGGCAAUGGAAUCCGAUCCCGAAUUUCAUCCAUGCCGCGGAAGCACACCCAGCGCUGACGAGCAAAAAAGACGGGCGGCAAGACAACUAGCUCGCCUGCAUCACACGAAGCUGCUACCAAAAAAUAUUGGCCAAGAGAGUUAUAGAAUUAAGACAGGUUUCCUGAUGACACUGAACGAGGCGACUUGUAUGUUUGAUCCUUCAUUAUCAGUUAAAAUAGCAAUUGGAGUUUAUCUUUUCGGCAAUACAAUUCUGAGUUUGGGCACUGAUAGACAUCUACCAAUAUUUAAUGCCAUUUGGACUAAAAAGUUGCUGGGAUGUUAUGCCUUAACCGAAGUGGGACAUGGCAGCAAUACAAAAAGGAUGAGAACUACAGCGACUUACGAUCCAAAUACUCAAGAGUUUGUUCUCCACACACCUGACUUUCAUGCAGCUAAGUGUUGGGUUGGCAACUUGGGAAAAACGGCAACGGUAGCAAUUGUGUUCGCACAACUCAUAUCCCUCGAAGUUUGCCACGGCUUGCAUGCCUUUAUAGUGCCUGUGAGAAAUCCGAAAACGUAUCUGACAUAUCCCGGUAUUAUAGUGGGUGACCUUGGUGAAAAAAUAGGAUUGAACGGAAUUGAUAACGGGUUUAUCAUGUUUAACAAUUACAGAAUACCAAAAGACAAUUUAUUAAACCGAACAGGAGACGUAACUCCAGAGGGAGAGUACGAAAGCUCAUUUUCCGAUCCCCAGAGAAUUCUCGGUGCUGUUUUGGAAAACUUAUCCGCUGGCCGGAUGGGAAUCUGCCAAGAAUCUACAAACAGAAUCGGCGCAGCCUUGGUUAUCGCUGUUCGAUACGCAGCAGUUCGGAAACAAUUUACUUCCUCACUGACAUCCAAAGACGAAAAAGAGACACCGAUAAUCGAGUAUGAGCUUCAUCAAUGGAGAUUAUUCCCGUACUUAGCCGCUGCCUGCGUCUUCAGAAUUUUUAUGUCGGAAUUUACCAACGUGUAUCUAGACAGUGUAGAAAAGUCCAUGAAGGGCGAAGAUAUACCAAAUCUUAGUCAAAUUGUAGCUGAAAUUCAUUCAAUCGUCUCCGCCAUCAAACCUCUGAUCACAUGGACUUGUCGAGAUGCUAUUCGCGAAUGCAGAGAAGCUUGCGGAGGACACGGUUAUCAUAAAGCUGCUAAUUUGGGCGACAUGGCAGCAAACCAUGAGCCAACGGUAACCUACGAAGGAGACAAUAAUGUUUUGGUUCAGCAAACAAGCAACUGGAUCCUGCGCCAGUGGGUCGAUCUACAAAAUGGUACAGGAACAGAAAGUCCUCUCGCCUCCGUUCAUUUUCUUCUCAAUGGUCCAGAUAUUUUAAAGAACAAAUUUACGCUCAAUGGAAAGAAGGACCUGAUGUCUCUCGUGUUCGUCAGAGAUGCUUAUGAAUGGUUAAUUACGUGGUUGGUGGUCGAAAUGCAGCGAAAAUUUGACGAGGGAAUCGCCCAGGGAUUGGACAACUUCACAGCAAGAAGCAGGUUGCAGGUCUAUAGGGCUGCCAAUCUAUCCAAAGCUUAUGGAGAGGUGAUCGUGAUAAGAUACUGCACAACCAGAGUAGACAAUUUGCUUCCCCCUGAUCCACGAGUAAAAAAUUUAAGAGUCGUUUUGGAAAAGCUGAUUCUGCUUUACUCAUUGACCUGUCUCGAAAAGCACCUGGCCAGUUUUUACCAAGGAGGUUAUUGUUCGGGAACCCAAAUGGCGGAUCUUUUAAAGCAGAGUAUAUUAAGUCUACUUGCUCAGCUAAAACCUGAAGCUGUGGCAAUUGCUGAUGCACUUGCCCCACCAGACUUCAUUCUCAAUUCUGCUUUAGGAGCCUCCGAUGGGAAGGUGUACGACCAUCUCGAGGAAGCCUUCAUGUGUAACCCUGGAGGAAUGGAAAGAGCCUCAUGGUGGACUGAACUCAUUUCUGCUUCCGAAAAACCUCUCGAACCUCCUCUAUCGAAACUCUGACACAAUCGAUUGAAAAUUCGACUUCUCUAUAAAAGAGAUUCUCUCAUCUAGAUUCAAAUAUUAGAUUAAAAGAUGAUUUGCAAUAUGGAUAUAAUUAUAUACAGUAAGACCAAAUUCAUACCUGUCGUGUCCAUGAAUUCGAAAGAGAGGCUCUGAUGCAACGGCACUUUCGUGCACAUAGAUAAUUCUUGGUCAGUGUUUUGUUAUUUAAUAUUUUCUAUUUUUAAACAAAAAACGCGAAAUCUCCUAAAGUUAUGCCAAUUUUUUCAUUAUUUCUUAUAAACAGUUCGGGAGUUUUGAGAGUUUUGAGAGUUUUGUUCAGAAUUGAGCAAUUCUCGUAUAAAAUUAUGUUACGUUUCUAACAAAAAUUCAUAGAAAUCUCCGAUUUGAAUGAUUUUGGUAGGUGAACAAUUGGAUAUAAGACAAAAUAUUUAUUUAACAACUUAUAAUUUCUGCACAAUCCGGUAGCAUGGGUUCCACCUUACAAUAAAUAAAUCGAUGGUUUAGAAGAAGAACCGUAAAAUUACGUUUCAAUGAAAAAUAAUUGGAAUUUUUUCCAGUUGACUAUACGACUGACGACAGCGCUACCUGGCACGUGACCUAUUGGAUAUCUCGACGCAAUUAUAAGAAUGCUAAUAAAAAGAGCAAUGAAUUUUUGAAUUCAUUUCAAUCAAAAAUAUGGAACUAAUAAGGUCUAAAAUUAAUUAUGUGAGUUAAAGUUCCUUGUUAAUAUCGAAUUCAAAUUUAAAUUUCUAUCUCAUAAUUCCAAAUUAGUGACGCUAUCGUAGCUACUUAACAGGUAUUAUUUUAGUUUUCUCGUCAACUUUCAGUCGAUGUUGUAGAACAAUAUUUUAAAAAAAUGCAUAACGGUAUGAGAUAUUUCGUGUUUUAAUAAGAAAUAGAAAAUUAUUUUUAAAAAUUUCAACGCAAUAUAAAUGGAUAAUAACUCUCCUCUGUGACAAGUAUAAUUUUGAUCUUACUAUAUAGUUCUUGUUAUAAAACUGUGACUCGUGGGUAGAACAGUACAAUUCAAAUUUUCGAAAUGAGUUUUCAUUCGAACCGGAUUUUUUAAGCUCUAUUUAUAUUUCAUUUUCUUAAAAAAAGUGAAAUAUAUGUUUGAAAAUGUUUUUCUCUAAGAAUACGAAGAGCUAUUCUCUUUUUUAAUUGCGAAGACUCAUUGAGGAACAAUGAUCAAUGACUUAUUGCAUCUAAAUUUUAGAAGCACCCCUUGAAAGUGUAUAAACUCAUAAAAAGUAUAUACGUGCAGUUUUGCCUUAUUCAAUCAAUAUUAUUUAUAUCAACGCACACAGUACAACUGAAUCAGGGAUACGUCUUGCGAAUCAUACCAAUUUUAUAAUGAUAUUUUCUUAUAUACAUAGAACUUUUACAAAUCGAAUGAAACUUCUAUUAGUUUCAUUAUAUCUACUUCGUGAUCAUUGCACGCUCUAUUUUUAAUUCUCUGCAAUAAUCGACUGUGUCGAUUUUAGUACAUGCUGAUAUUUAUGACAAUUUACUUGAAGCCUGGGAUAGUAUUUUCAUUUUAUACGCAGAUCCAUUAAUGAUCUGAGAUAAACAGCACAAAUAAUGUAUAGUGUAUACACUUUAGAGAGCCAGUUGUAUUAUUAAAAAAUAGUUUUUUCAUUGCUAAAUGAAAUGUAUUUUCUAAAUAAAUCUUGUCACCUA